GGCGAGGCGACUCCUAGCUCCCUAGAAGCGGGCUGCGGGCGCAGGCGGGCGCGGAGCGGCUGGCGGUGACAGAGGACGAGAGCUAGCAUCCCCUCCCCCUCGCGGCGCGCCGCCGGCCUCACCAUGGAUCCCGCGGUGUCGCUGGCCGUGUGCGCGCUGCUCUUCCUACUCUGGAUCCGCGUGAAAGGGCUGGAGUUCGUGCUCAUCCACCAGCGCUGGGUGUUCGUGUGCCUCUUUUUGCUGCCGCUGUCGCUCAUUUUCGACAUCUACUACUACGUGCGCGCCUGGGUGGUGUUCAAGCUCAGCAGCGCGCCGCGCCUGCACGAGCAGCGCGUGCGGGACAUCCAGAAGCAGGUGCGAGAAUGGAAGGAACAGGGCAGCAAGACCUUCAUGUGCACAGGGCGCCCCGGCUGGCUCACCGUCUCGCUCCGGGUUGGGAAGUACAAGAAGACACACAAAAAUAUCAUGAUCAACAUGAUGGACAUUCUGGAGGUAGACACCAAGAAACAGAUUGUCCGUGUGGAGCCCUUGGUGACUAUGGGUCAGGUGACUGCCCUGCUGAACUCCAUUGGCUGGACCCUGCCUGUGUUACCCGAGCUCGAUGACCUUACAGUGGGGGGGUUGAUCAUGGGCACAGGCAUUGAGACAUCAUCCCACAAGUAUGGUCUAUUCCAACACAUCUGCACGGCCUACGAGCUGGUCCUGGCUGACGGCAGCUUUGUGCGAUGCACACCGUCGGAAAACUCAGACCUGUUCUACGCUGUGCCCUGGUCCUGUGGGACCUUGGGCUUCCUGGUGGCGGCUGAGAUCCGCAUCAUCCCUGCCAAGAAGUUCGUCAAGCUGCGGUUUGAGCCCGUGCGGGGCCUGGAGGCAAUCUGCGACAAGUUCAAGCUUGAGUCCCAGCGGCAGGAGAACCACUUUGUGGAAGGGCUGCUCUACUCCCUGGAUGAGGCCGUCAUCAUGACAGGGGUCAUGACGGACGAAUUGGAGCCCAGCAAGCUGAACAGCAUUGGCAAUUACUACAAGCCGUGGUUCUUCAAGCACGUGGAGAACUACCUGAAGACAAACCGCGUCGGCCUGGAGUACAUCCCCUUGAGACACUACUACCACCGACACACGCGCAGCAUCUUCUGGGAGCUCCAGGAUAUCAUCCCCUUCGGCAACAACCCCAUCUUCCGCUACCUCUUUGGUUGGAUGGUGCCUCCCAAGAUCUCCCUCCUGAAGCUGACCCAGGGCGAGACCCUCCGCAAGCUGUACGAGCAGCACCACGUCGUGCAGGAUAUGCUGGUGCCCAUGAAGUGCAUCGUGCAGGCCCUGCACACCUUCCACAGUGACAUCCACGUCUACCCCAUCUGGCUGUGCCCAUUCAUCCUGCCCAGCCAGCCAGGCCUGGUGCACCCCAAGGGAGAUGAGACAGAGCUCUACGUGGACAUUGGAGCUUACGGGGAGCCACGCAUAAAGCACUUCGAAGCCAGGUCCUGCAUGAGGCAGUUGGAGAAGUUCGUCCGAAGUGUGCACGGGUUCCAGAUGCUGUACGCUGACUGCUACAUGAACCGCGAGGAGUUCUGGGAGAUGUUUGAUGGCUCCCUGUACCAUAAGCUACGGGAGCAGCUCGGCUGCCAGGAUGCCUUCCCUGAGGUGUACGACAAGAUCUGCAAGGCUGCCAGGCACUGAGCAGGAGCCUACCCACAGAGAAACAGAUGUGGGUAGACCCGUCCCCAGCACCAAGAGGCAUCUUUCCUUCACUCAAGUUUGGCUGCUCUCCCAGACCCAUACUUUCCAAAAGAAACCCCUCUAGAAAUCCCACCCACACAGCCCUGACAUCCUGCUCCCAGCUUCUAGGGGCCUCCCAUGGAGUGAGAAGGACAUGGGAUUUGGAGUCAGACAAACCCGAGUCCAGGUCCCAGUUCAGCCACUCAUUAGCUGUGUGACUCUGGGUGAGUCACUUAACCCCUCUGAGCCUGCCUCUUCAUCUGUUGACAGGGGUUAACAAUAUCUUCCUGCAGGCUGUGGUAUCUAUCACUACUUCCCAUUCAGCAUCACAUCUGCUUUGGAUUCAGUGGUUGAGUCCCAGAGGCUCCACGUGAUGUCACCUGGGCACAGGUUUGGCUGAAAUGAUGAAGGGAUACCCUGGAGUUGCACUGCCAUUGCUUCAGUCAGCCAGAAUUGCUCCUCCCCAGGAGAAGGAAGGAAGGAAGGUUUCUCUCCAUCCCUGGGGUCUCAGGAGGGCAAUAGAUGGGUGGGCAGGCCCAAGCCGUGCUGUGCCAAAGCCAGGUCCGAUCCCAGAGUUUUCUCUGCUAUCCUUGGUGAUGUCCUGCCCCAUCCCUCCUUUACGCUCAGGCCCACCCCAGCCAUCACCCAAUCUGAGAGGACCAUGUCCCUGGGAAAGACAUUUUAAGGUUGAAUCCUGUCCCAGCCUAUCCCCUAACCCCCAGUAAAAUGAGUGGUUUCUGCUCUGAAUUGGAUCCAGAGGACCUGGUCUCAUUCUUGGCGCUCCAGCUUUCUAUGCCUCUUUUCCCCAGAACCCACUUACUCUGGUGGGGGGCUGUCCACACUGCUCUGCAGAAUGGAGGGUCGGGUGGACCACACAAAGUAGGAAAACAGCCUGCCAUAGUUAGGUUUUAUGAGGUUCUUUCUCAACCACGGGGCUGAAAGAAUAGAGCAUCAACUUGAUUUCUCUAACCACUCAUCCCGUUUUUUUCUCCCCGCUAUAGUUAAUUUCAGUGCCUUACAAAUACUAAGCUCAGAGAAAAGUUAGCUCCAUUUCCGUUCCAGAGGAAAGGGAACCUCCCUAGGUCCUUCCCCACCUACGAAAACUUGGUUAUUUAUGCAACUCCAUCUUAAGACCUGCCCAGCCUCAGCUAAAAACCAAGAAUCUGAGAAGGAAUUGUGUCACGUAAGGGAAACUGGAAUGACGUGAGCUGUGCCCGGCAGUGACAUUCUGAGAGAACACACACAUUGCACCAGGAGUCAGGAGACCUGGGUUUUAGUCUCUGCUCUAUUGUUCAUGGACUGUGCAACUGUGGCCCAGUCAUUUGUUCCUCUACACUAGUUUUUGUUCCUCUAUCACCUCACCUACAGAUAAGACCUCCCUGUGGCUCUUGUGCUGCAGGAGUUCAUGGCUGUCUUAGACCCUGUGGUUGUAAAACCCAUGGAAAGCCUUGUUUGUGUGGAAAGUCAGAGGAAAAAUAAAUGAUCCAAGUGGACACUUGGGUGGUCUGUCAUUUAAGGUCCUGUAGCCCAAGGCCGGCUCUCAUCUCAUCUUCAGAAAGGCACGUAUUGACUUGCAGGAAGUGUCCCUCUUGUCCCUGCAGAAUCCUGUCACGCUUUGACUGACAAAGGCUCACUCACCCCACGCAGGGCUUAGUGUCUUAGCCUGGUCCUGUGAGUACUGGGCACAUUCAUGGCAUUCAGAGGGCAAGGGAACCCCCUUACCCAUUUGGCCUCUGGAGGGGGCGUAGGAAAUAAGAAACUUGGUUCUGUAGCUUGUAUGCAAAGCACAUGCAUUCUGGCAUUAGCUCUCCAGGGCCCAUGUGCUUCCUGCUCAGGGUUAAACCAAUGAACCUAUUUGAUGUAGAGGAAUGGGUUAACCCGAGCAAGUUAACCCAGCAGAUAAGGCUCCAUCACUUCACUAGGGGGACUUCCAUCCCUAGGCCACUGAGAGUGUGGCCAGAGAUGCUAGCAACCGCUGCUGUGAGUCUUACAAACCCAAAUCCCGUGCUUCACAGAUGCCCAGAACCUGGGGCUUGGAAGGUCUUGACAUUGCACCAGCCUCAGGUUAAUGUUUUGCUCCAGUAACAUCUUGCCUGGAAAGUGGCAAUCUUCCCAGCGUGGUGAGCCAAGUUCCAGCUUUUUCUUAUAGCAUGUGCUGUCACUGUCCAUCCGAGUGGUGGUUCCAGAUGGAGAUGAACUUUGCACUGGGGGACAGUGUGUAUGGAAAGUAGAAGAAUAGGCCUCUUCCCUCCAGAUCCCAAGUUUCUUGGCUGCAUGAUAGUUUUCUGUAAAACCAAUUGAUAGCCAGUUUCAUUGGCUGGAAGGAUGCAUCAUUUUAUUGGAUAUUACUAAAAGGGAAGGGAUGGGGUGGGGAGGGGUAUGUUGUGUGAUGUUUAUUUUCUUUCCUUGAUCCUGGGGACCAAAAAGAAAGGCAUGAGUCUCCCCUGGCAGGAUUUUACUGCCACAGGCGCUGUGCCUAAUGUCCAGAACACUUCAUGUGUCCCUGUGGCUAUGUGGCUGCUGCUUCUGUAAAAAUAAAGAGAUGACCUGGAAAGUA